AAUGAUCUAUGUUUGGUGACUAAUUUUCAGUCCGGGCUAGAUGGUUGUAGUGGGGGGAUGGAUCCAUCUUCAAUUAUUACUCAGGUGAAGAAGGAUAGUGAUGUAUCUGAUCCUGGAGCAGACCCUGUCAAGGUUCAACAACCUCAGCCUGACACUAAUCAUGUUCUCCCGGAGAAAGGACUCAAAAAGAAGAAAAAGUUGUUCCAAUCCUUGUUGUGUUGUUUCGGAAAGGGAUACGGUCACAGUUCAUCCUUACAGGGUGAACCGGGACACCCUGAGACAGUUUCCAAUCCUAGUGAGGAGAAACCACUUCUGCCUGAGCUUAAAGCAGAAGAUAUUAACAAAAAAUGCCUUAUUAUCGACCUUGACGAAACUCUAGUCCAUAGCUCCUUUAAACCAAUCAACAACGCAGAUUUUAUAGUUCCAGUAGAGAUAGAUGGAACCAUUCACCAGGUUUAUGUUCUCAAACGUCCUUACGUGGACGAGUUCUUGAUGAAGGUCGGAGAACUGUAUGAAUGUGUCUUGUUUACCGCUAGCCUAGCCAAGUAUGCUGAUCCUGUCACUGAUCUAUUGGAUAAAUGGGACGUGUUUAGAUCCAGACUAUUCCGUGAGUCCUGUGUGUUCCACAGGGGGAACUAUGUAAAGGAUCUGAGUAGGCUAGGACGGGAGCUCGGUAAAAUUAUAAUCGUCGACAAUUCUCCCGCAUCGUAUAUAUUCCACCCUGAGAACGCUGUGCCUGUUGUAUCCUGGUUUGAUGAUAUGGAGAAUAAAGAAUUGUUAGACCUUAUUCCGUUCUUCGAGGAGCUGAGCCAAGCUGAUAAUAUUUAUACCGUGUUAAAGAAGGUUCAACGAACAGAUCCUAGUCUCCAGAUGGGAAACCAGCAGAGGGUCUAGUUUAUUAGGGAACAUGCUGCACAAUCAACCUUUGUUAAUCUUUCCUGUAAACCUAGCAGACAGUUUUAAGGAUGCCUGCUUUAUCUUAUCAUACUGAUGAUAUCUUUUGUAUACUAUUUAAUGAACUAAAAUUAUUUUUAUGUACAACCCAAAAUGUGCACGUAACUAAUGAAUUUGUAUAAAAUUAAUAUAAUAUUUCUUAGUAAAACCGAUCUACAGUAGAUUUUUUAUACAUUGAAUAAUCAGUGAGGUUUUCUACGCCUAGCAAUAUAUAUUGUUAUAUCCUGGUUUAAUUACUUUGUACAUAAAUAUUAGUUUUAACCACCCUGGAGUUGUUUAUGUACUAAAGUACAUUUAAACAUUAGUUUCAUUCCCUAACUCUCUUUUCCACUAGGACAUUUUUAUCCUAGAAUAUAUUAACAAAUUCCAAUGCAAAAACUUUAUGUAAUUCAUUCCCCUGAUCAUCUUGCCUUUUAUACUUCUAUAUCUUUCUGCCUUGAGUUUGAACUAAACAAACCUCUUAAUUAAAUUGCUUACAAUUUUUCUCUCCCUGUUCAAAAACUUUCUGAAAAACUCAAAUUUAACUUACAACGUAUGAAAGAAUGUUCGAGCCAAUUCUAGAAAAUUAAUAAGUUGCAAAAACGACGGAUUCUCAUUGAGGGAGCAUAUAUGUAGCCCUUUCCUCUUUUCAUCCAACUCUACAUGUUAUUAGAGCAGAUAUGAAGUAAACGCGCAAAAAAAACCUACAAAAGUCGAGAAAAAAAGGCAUAAUUGAUAAUGAAUACCCGCACGACCCACGCUCAUUAUAAAAUUUUAUUUUUCUCCGUUUGAACUUUGAAAGGCGGGCCGUUAAAUAAAUUAUAUACCCCUGUCAUACGAGAUAUCUGUUCUCACAGCAGAAGUUUAACCAAUGUUUUCUAUAUCGCUAAAAAUGGUGCUACCCAGGGACUAGGUGUGUGUUUACACCUUGUCUAUUUUUACACUUAAAUAAAAUAUUGCUUUUGUAAGGAAUGAUCUGUUUAUUACUGCAAGUGACUUGAGAGAAUGGGGUGAUUUGUUUAAUUAAUUUAUAAUAUAUUCAGA